UGUCCACCUGACAGGUGGAGGUAAUUCUAGAGGAUAAAAUCACAACCAUGAUGAAGGUCCUAAUAGCAUCCGUGGUGGUGUUCCUCCUUGUUUCCUUUAUUGCUCCAUCAUAUCAGCAACCCGUGAUCUCCGGUGCACCAAUCGUGGCCAACCUGCACGAGGAGACAGCUGUAGAGACCGAACUGGUGUGUAUCAACUGUACCAGCCCUGACAACAAGAACAUAGAGGUGUCCGACCAGUCCAUCACACCAAGUGCAAGGUUCUUUGAUGUCUACAGAAUCGACGGCAGUCAAGAGUUCUGCAUCCGCUACCUGCCCAGCCAGGGGUCACCUGAUUACAAGCGAGUUCGAGCCUACAACAUCAGGAUCCGGUGUACCGACAGCGACCAAGCCUUUGUUGAGGAAAAUGUCGAGAUAAGGAUUCGGACAAACGAACCACCUCGCAUAACGUCACCACUUUCAGAAACCUGCUCGUAUGAUGCGAAGUCUACCGCAGCUGGGACAACCCUUCUAACCAGUCCCAUCACCUUCAACGACACAGACAACGACGUCCUUACGUACACGUUGACAACCGUCCCCGCGUCUGCUGCAGUCAACUAUGAAAUAGUAAAGCCCAGUCCUGGUUACGAGGAAAUCCAAAUUGCAGCUUUAAACAACCUUGAUGUUGAAUGUAACUCUGAUGUCACAUUCUACAUCAACGUCACUGACAACAAGCACAACGCUGUCGGCCCUGUCGUCGUGUCCUGCACCGUAACUAACAAGUACACGACACCAAAGAUUGCGAAUGUCGACAAAGAGAUCUUUGUCAGCGAAGACACGGCCUUGGACACGUCGCUGAUCACGUUCGUCACUGAACCCAGCGAACCAUCUCUGACGAUGAAUUAUGAGAUCGCGACAGUCCCAGCCACCGCCGUGACUUUGUUUGACGUGACCAGUACACCAAAUGACUUGAAACUAGCGGGUCUUCUGAACUAUGAGAACACACAACAACGGAACAUCAAUGUCAGCAUCAAGGCCGACAACGGCAAAUGUCCGCCAGACACCCAGUACCUCUACAUCCGGGUCACUGACGCCAACGAUCUGCCCCAACUGGGGCCGAAAAAUGUCACCAAAACAGUGUACGAAGGAACUAUAACUGUCAAUCCCGAGUUCACCAUUACUGACGAGGACCUGGACGACUCCCACACAUACAGCAUCGUGUCGGGUAACGACAACGGCUACUUCACCAUCGACCCGGCCACUGGCGUUAUCAGCAGUUCUGUAGUAUAUGACGUGGAUCAAGGAAGAAUGCCUACAAAUGCAACGCUCCUUGUACAGGUUCAAGACCGGAAGGGAGGCGCCAUAGACAACGCUACUGUAAACUUGUACAUCCUUGAUGCCAACGACAACCCGCCUGAGUUCAGUGCCAACUCCACAUCACAAUCAUUCUCAGUCAGUUCCUGUGGGCAGCUCGGGGCGACCCUCGGCAAGCUGUGGGCUGAGGACACCGUCGACUCCGCCUAUCAGAGUAAUAACUACAGCACCAUUUUAGCCACAUCCAACAGUUACCUGACCGUCACGCCGAGUGGCGACAUCAUCCAAAGCGGCCAGAUCCCAGCAGGGACGGUAUCGUCACUGACAGUAUAUGCGCAAGAUAGAGGAGAGUACCCGGGCUUCCAGACCAGCCGCAACCCUGUCACCAUCACCCUAGUUGGACAAACGUGCACGACGACGCAACCGGUGACCGUCGUUGUCAACAGCGGAACAGGAACAGGAACUGGAACUGGCACUGGUACUGGCACUGUCGUGAACACUGUUGCCACAGUUGCUCCGGCAACAACAACAACAGCAGCCGCAGCCACAUGUACUGGUUUCUUCUGCGACGCUGGCAACAUUGCCCUGACGGUCCUUGCAAGCCUGCUGGCGCUCGGUCUUCUCGGACUGCUGUCUGCUUUGCUAUACAGAUACUGCUGUAACAGACCCGUGGAGGUUAAAAGGACAUGGACGCCGCCCAGGAAGGUGCGACCCAUUACCCCGCCGACACCACCACCACGCGUAAAAACGCCUGUAACACCAAAGCACAUCGAAAUUGAACGUCCUCCUUCCAUUCAAUACGUACCAGUCCCGGUCGCCCCUCCACCACCACAACUCAUGCGCGUGCGCAGAAUCGUUCCUGUGAAGCAACAGCAGCAGAUGGUGAAGAUCAAGAGCAUGGUUCCCAUGACCCAGAAUGUCAGGGUCAAACAGUUGGUGCCCGUCCCAGGGAAUACCACUCAAGCCAUUGCUGCAGCGCCAAAGUAGACCAGCGUUGACAUUACGUGUAUAUAAUGCUUAUAUGUUAUUUAAUCGUGUUGUCGAGCACAGGAUCAUGUUUCACAAAGACAAGCGGAUGUAUUCUGCUGCUUCUGCCGAUGGUUGAUUAUUAAACAAGUAAACCGGUUUACUGUUCC